AUGUCACUCAACACACCAGCAGCGGGCCAAUCCGCCCCUGUCAACAACCCCGAGGCUGUUUCGUACACGAACCGCGAUCCGUUAUACAACUACUCCACAGGUACUGUGGAUGUGCCCCAAGGCUACAAGUACCGCCAGUUGCGAAUUUUCGGAUACACCUUGCCCUGGUAUGCCUCACCCAAGGUUCAAUUGGGCAUGGUGGCCUUUGUGUGUUUCAUGUGUCCGGGCAUGUUCAACGCCCUCAAUGGGAUGGGUGCCGGGGGGAGGACGGAUGCAAAACUCGUGAAUGACAUGAACACGGCCUUGUACAGCACUUUUGCCGUUGUCGGCUUCUUUGGUGGUACCGUAGUCAACAGACUUGGGGUGAAGCUCACCUUGGCUUUUGGUGGAAUUGGCUAUGGCAUUUACACUAUCAGCAUCCUGUUGGAAGUCCACUUCAAAAACGAUGUACAUGCCUUCAACAUCAUUGCAGGCGUACUCCUUGGUGUUUGCGCGGCUAUGCUAUGGACAGCACAAGGAACCAUCAUGAUCUCGUAUCCACAUGAGCACCAGAAGGGACAUUACUUUGCUUGGUUCUGGGGAAUUUUCAAUAUGGGAGCCGUGAUUGGAAGUUUGAUUCCCUUGGGCGACAACAUUGACGCCAAUUCCAAACGCGACGUGAGCGACGGCACUUACAUCGGCUUCACUAUCCUAAUGUUCUUCGGUGCCGCCUUAGCCCUUCUACUCUGCAACGCAAAUGACGUGGUUCGAAAAGACGGAUCCUAUGUUAUUCUGAUGAAGAAUCCGACAUGGCAGAGCGAAUUCUGGGGACUUUACGAAACCAUCCGAUUCGAACCCUUUGUGGUUUUUCUAUUUCCAAUGUUCUUCUCAUCCAAUUGGUUCUAUGUGUAUCAGCAGAACAUCGUCAACGGUGCAUAUUUCUCCACGAGAACCAGAGCCCUCAACAGCCUCCUCUACUGGCUUGCUCAAAUCGCCGCUGCUGCCAUCUGGGGCUACCUUCUAGACUUGGAUCAUAUUCGUCGGUCCGUGCGAGCCAAAAUUGCUCUUGUUGUUCUCUUCGUUUUAACCUUUGUUGUUUGGGGUGGGGGUUAUGUGCAUCAGAGAACCUACACUCGAGACAUGACCGAUGCUGAAGGCUUUCACUCCAAGGACUGGAAAGACUCGGGUUACAUCGGACCAAUGUUUCUCUACCUCUUCUAUGGCUUUUACGAUGCCGCCUGGCAGGCUACAGUCUACUGGUUCAUGGGCGCCCUGUCCAACUCAGGUCGUCGUGCGGCUAACUACAUCGGCUUCUACAAAGGCAUACAAUCCGCUGGGGCCGCCAUUUCGAACAACCUGGACGCCAGAAAAGUGUCUUUUCAUGCACAAUUCAUAAGCAACUGGGUAUUGUUAGCUGCUUCACUCGUCAUUGCCGCGCCAGUCAUUUUCCUCAAGAUCCAGGAUCACGUCAAUGUGGAACAGGAUCUAGAAGGGACGGAUGAAACCCUCGCGGAUGUUGCGCCGUCGCAUGUUCUUAUGACCUCGGGUCGUGCUGGGGAUGACUUUGAACUCGACUUUGACGAGUUUGAUACGACAGCGAAGCUUUUGCGACGCUAUUGA